AUGAACCCUAAACAUAAACGCAACCCACAGCCCAAACUGCUUUUUCUCUCCCAACAAACACGACUGCCCCAAUACAAAUCCCUAAUAAUCCAAUCCCCAAAAUUAACAAUCACACAAAAACGAAAAUACUAAUAAAAUAUUGAAUAAACAUAAACAACUCACCGCCCCUGGCUUUUCUCACGCCAAGUUCUUCACUUCCCAUUAAAAUUCUCAAUGAUACAAACUAAAUUGUAUUAUAAUUGAGAUUAGGAGUUGUUGGUUUUGUUGAAAAUUGAGUGUGAGGGAUGUGAGUGAGAUUGGGUUUCGGGGAUGGUCAGAUAUGGCUCGAGACGGGGAAGUGGUGCCGGUGGACCCACAAGCGGUGGUGGCCGUGAAGAAGAAGUCGUCUCGGAGUUGGGUUUUGCUGGACUGUACGGGAAAAGCUACAGUCUUGGACGUGGACAAGUAUGCCAUCAUGCACAGAGUACACAUUCACGCUCGCGAUCUUCGCAUUGUCGAUCCUUUGCUUUCUUACCCUUCCACCAUUCUCGGCCGCGACAGGGCUAUAGUUCUCAAUUUGGAGCAUAUUAAAGCAAUAAUCACUGCUGAAGAGGUGCUGCUUCGGGAUCCAGUGGAUGAAAAUGUUAUCCCUGUUGUUGAAGAGCUUCAAAGACGGUUGCCUCCUGUAAAUGCCAUACAUGAAAACCAAAAAGUAGAUGCCGGUGAAGAAGAUGAGUCUCCAUUUGAGUUCCGGGCCUUGGAGGUAGCUUUGGAAGCAAUUUGCAGUUAUCUUUCUGCACGUACUACAGAACUGGAGACUGCUGCUUAUCCUGCUUUAGAUGAGCUUACCUCAAAGAUUAGCAGCCGCAAUUUGGACAGGGUUCGUAAAUUGAAGAGUGCAAUGACAAGGUUGACUGCUCGCGUACAAAAGGUAAGGGAUGAGCUUGAACAGCUGUUGGAUGAUGACGAUGAUAUGGCUGACCUUUACUUGUCAAGAAAGUUGGCUGGUGCAUCUUCACCAGUUAGUGUCUCUGGUCCUCCCAAUUGGUAUCCUGCCUCCCCUACCAUAGGCUCAAAAAUAUCUCGGGCAAGUAGAGCAAGCAUCGCCACUGUUCGUGGAGAUGAGAAUGACGUUGAGGAACUUGAAAUGUUACUUGAGGCUUAUUUUAUGCAGAUUGAUGGCACCUUGAACAAAUUAGCUACGCUGCGUGAAUAUAUUGAUGAUACAGAGGAUUAUAUCAAUAUUCAGCUUGAUAACCACAGGAAUCAGCUGAUUCAGCUUGAGCUUUUUCUCAGUGCUGGGACUCUAUGUAUGGCCAUAUUUUCAUUGGUGGCUGGAAUUUUUGGCAUGAAUAUCCCUUAUACGUGGAAUAAUGGUUACGGAUACAUGUUCAAAUGGGUUUGCAUUGUCACGGGAAUAGUCUGUGCUUGUGUGUUCAUAAUUAUCAUGUCAUAUGCUCGCUUCAAGGGGUUGGUCGGGUCGUGAACUUUAUGAAGGAAUUCUGAGAUUGACCUUUUGGAUCGUCUGAGAAAUAGUGUCAAGGGUUUUUAGCAAAUAUGUGAAGGAAUUUUGAUAAUUCUUUUGCCCUUAAAGACUGUCGAUGAUGGCUGUUAGGGUUGAAGAGGGAAAAGUCUCACUGUGGGAAAUUUUAAAUCGGAUCAGAUCUGGCAGCAGCCUUUCUAAUCCAAGGAUAUUGCAAAGUUUUAUAAUUGUGAACAACUUGAUUAACUGGAUUCAGUCACCAACAGACUGUAAAACCAAUUACAGAAUGAAUACAUAUUUCUUGGUUUUAGUUCAUAAUUCUGGUUCUGUUACACACAAGUAUUCAAUCAAACAUACAAUACUGUACCUGUACUCAGAAUUUAAUGCAUUCUUCAAAUUG